AUGAGGAAAGGGCGCGGGACCAGUGGCGGCAAUGGAGGAGGAGGAAAGGGAGGAGGAGGACGACGGAAGGGCCGUGGGGAGGGCGACGACGAGGGCGGGCGUGGACACCGGGCGCGUAGGAGCUACUGGUUCUCCGACGAUGGCGGCAGCGCAGAGGAGGAGGGCUACGAAUACGUCCGGCAGGGCCUCCUGCGAACGGUGUUGAUGGGACCGCAACCCGACCUCCCGCCGCAGCGUCCCCGCCUACCGCUCCCUUCGGCGAGAGCGACGCGCGAAGCAGCCCGCGAGGGCCGUCCUGCCGCGGCUCCAGGGAAGGCCAGCCCCUCCUCCAUCUCCACCUCCACCUCCACCACCGCUGACCACGUCAUCAUCUACAAACACGACUACCGCGAGCCGACCACUGGCGGCGGCAGCAGCAGCGGAGGCGGCGAUGCAGUCGCCCUCUGCUACAGCUAUGGGGAGCCGCCGGCCUUUCUGAGCCACGCGGCGGUGGUCCAGCAACUGACGAGGACGCCGUCGAUCUCCGCAGCAGCCGCCGCGGCAUCGACAGGAAGCGGACGACGGCCCUCUCUUGCGGACGCCAGCGCUGCCGCCGCCCCUGGCAACGGAGCGGGCGAGGGGCGAAGGAGCCACGACAGCCGGCGGAGCCGAGCUGGUUUCUCCUCGGAGGUGCUCGACGGCGGGAGGCGCGGGGAGGGCGCGAGCUCCAGCCGCCAUCAAAGCCGCGACAGCUCUGUGGGCGGGACAAGUGGCAUGGGCCGGUCGCAGCGCGCCUUCGACGCCAAGUGUCGACAGAGCCACCGCCGCUUUCUCGAGCUCUCAGGGCGGUUCAAGCGGAAGGACAGGCGGAAUGUGAGCGUGGCCGCGGGCAGCGCCGCCGCUGACAGCGUCUUUGUCGGCGGCGGCGGUGCGGACUCGGCUGCCACGGAGGCGGGCGGGCGCGUCGUGUCGCGAACGGCCGGUGGCCGCGACGCAGAGGGCGAGUACCCCUCCUCUGCUCCACCUCCGCACACGGCGCCAACGGCAACAGCAACGGCGGCGGCGCGAAUGGGCGGGGCGCGCCCCACGGCGCCCACAUCCCCCGCUGGGUGUCUUGUCGAAUGGCGGGGCGGUGGCGGCCGCGUGUCCUCUCACCACCCGCCGGGGCCGCCGACCAGCACCGCUGCCUCGUCCUUCGCGGAGGCGGCGGCCCUGACGUCGCCCUCCUCCGCACUCGACGACGACGCCGACUUUGUCUUUGGCAUCGGUACUUGCGGUCUGCGGGACCAGGAGCUGCUCCGCGCCGCGCGGCCGCCGCCGCCGCGAAUGGCCCCGACAGCAGCAACAACAGCGGCAGCGAGCGCGGCGGCGGCGCAAGAAGGCCCCCACGCCGCCGCCCGUCCCCGCCGUCGCGGCGGACGUCGCCCCACUCGGCCACAACGCGCGCCGCCGCCGCCGCCGACAGCUCCGCGGCGGCCACGACGUGACGCUCCUUCUCGUCGACGAGGCGGACGAUGCCGUCGCGCCCUCCGCCUCGACGGCGACAGCGCUGCCGCGGCUUCCACCGCCACCACCACCACCACCACUUCACUGCACUCAUCUUCUCCCUCUCCGGCUGCACCAUCGCCAUCGCCCUCGCCAUUGCCCUCCACCACUUCCACGACGAUGACGAAAGGCCGGCGGCAGCACUUCACGGUGCUGGCGGGUGGUGGGGUGAUGGACGUCUUUGGGUACUUCCCGACGCACCGGGUCUAUCCCGAGUACUACCAGCGCCUGCGCCGUCUCGAGCAGCAGCAGCAGAGCAGUGGGGGUGGGAGUGGAAGUGGAAGUGUUACGGCGGAGGGGGGGCUGCUGCUGGCGGCGGCGGAGAGGCAGCCGCAGCGGAGGAGGCCGCCGCCGCCGCGGAAUGGCGGAGGAGGAGGAGGAGGAGGAGUGGUUUAG